ACCUAGAUAUGAUCUUCCAUUUUCGCCCAACUAGAAACUCCACCAUCUGCUGUCCUAUAUUGGAGUUAGAUCAUAUUGCUAAUUAAGUGCUUGACGAAAUGACCUUAACCAAGUCCUCAAAACUCAUGUUCGUGGUGGUUUUCGCGGCGGUCGUUUUCCUCCUAUCUUCUCAGCUAGCUUUUGCUGCUCCUCAAGAUUUCAUUCCCAAUCCUCUGCUAGGACGAAAACUGCUUGAAUAUAAAGCAAAUCCAAUGCCUCCAACUCCUUAUCUCAGCAACAACCAUAGCUAGAAGAAAUGGAAGUCCCCAAUUGAAAUGGAGUACCCUAUCAGUUUAUCUAUAGUCUCUACUUAAUUAAGUUCUUUAAGUUUG